AUGGAGACCAUCAUUACAGACUGGCUGCAGGUUGAAGGAGGAAGCAAUCCCAAGAGGAAGCGUGCAGAACAAGUAUGCUCCGCCUGCCACGCAAAAAAGAUAAAAUGCGAUCUUCAAAAACGACUAGCGCAAGGCGAGGAACGAUGCACCGCUUGCGAUGGCGCCAACCGGCAAUGUGAUGUGCGACACUCGAAACGAAGGAGGAAAACGACCAACCCAACGACAAAUAACCCAACAACAACGCCGGCGGCGGCGACUUCACAACCAGCGCGGCCGCCCGAAGAAUACAGAAGACGGUCGGUCGUCAGCGAAGCGCAUCUUGACCUCCGCACUCCCCCGUCGUCUCAUUUCAGCCAAGCUCGCCAUAAUUUGCCAAAUACCUGCCCCUCCUACAUAUCAAACCACAGCCCCGAAUCCUUUCGCACCACGCGCACCGGCGAUACCGGCCACGAAUUACGAACUGGUAGAACCGCAAGCGACCUGGACACUGGAUUUCUCCAGGUUUACGGCCCAGAGCAAGAUAUAGAUGUCGAAGAACAGGAACAGGAGGCCGCGUUAGGCCAUCCCCACCACAAUACCCUCGCAUUUCAACAAAGAGAGCUGCACGAGAUAUUUGCCGAAACCUACAGCGAGUAUUGCUUCACAUGGUGUCCCGUACUCGACCCCGACACAUUAUUACGAGAAGUUGCGCGGUCGCCGUUGCUGGCCAAUGCCGUUGCCUUGGCGGCAAGUCACAUACGGCCGCCGCUUCUCCCACACGAUGGACCGGCAGCCUACUACAAGGCCGCCACCACCAUGUUUUACAACGACGAGGAGCCUGAUCCCUUGACAACACUGCAGGCCGUGUCGCUUUUUUACUGGUGGGCAAAGAAACCACCCACCAUGAUCCACCGUCACUCUAGCUGGUGGUGGCAAACCGUCAUCAUCCGUCAAGCACAGCAAAUGAAUAUACAUCGGGAAACUCAAGCACCAAAAGACCCACCAGAAGACGACGCAUCACCUAUUGCCCACGCCCAGGCGCUGCUCUCUGUCGGAGGCCAUUACUUCCCAGCCCCCGCAUCAGCAGUACCAUACCGUCCCGAGAUCAGCAUCCGCCGACGCAUCUGGUGGACUGCAUUUGCGAGGGAGAGGCUCACAGCUCUAUGUCAGAGCAAGCCGGCCGUCAUCGACCCAGAGGAUUGCAAUAUACAAGAGUGCACCCUGCACGACUUCCCACCCGAUCCGACGAUUCAGCGAAAAGGAGAAAUAUUUAUCUAUUGGGUUAGGCUUUGUGGGAUCAUGGGUCGCAUGGCCAAGCAGCUCACCCGCGCCUCUCCAACCGAGCCCUUCCCCUUACACCUGAGGCGUGAGCUAGUCAGUUGGGUCAAGUCCUUGCCACCUCAUCUGGUUCUGCCGAUACAAACAGGAACGACUCCCGCGUCCUCGUUUGACAGGGACAUUCACUUGCUACACUUGCCAUAUUUCACGAGCAUUAUCGUUCUGCACCUUCGCAAAUCUGCCCGUGCUCCUGUGCCACAGGCUCUUCCAGCCGCGAUAUUGGCUGCGAGCUGCACGGCAAGAAUCUUGCGCGACAUACUUGCGAGAGGUGAUUCCAGAUACCUGCCAGCAAUCACAUGUUGGUAUACGGGCUCAGCCUUUAUAGCUUUGCUCCAAGCCACCCGCAUCGAAAGCAUAGCUGCCGAGGCAACUGCUGGGCUGGACAUCAUCACUGCCACGGUGGACCAGCUGCAAAUCAUGUGGGGAUCGGCCAAGAUUAUUCGGAACGGAUUUGACAGGUUACGGUCGCAGCAGCAUCAAAUGCAUGCACAAAGCCGGCAGCCGAGCGCCGUGUCUGUUCCCGAAGCAGUUGUACCGGAAUCUGAACACAGGAUCACGCCGGUGAUGAGUGAUGAGCUGCCGGAGCUGGACAAGUGGGAGAGUCUAUUCCCAUUUGUGACACGGGACACGAGCGGCAUAGCCGCCACUCUGCUGCCGAUUAGGAGGGAGCCAAGGGACGCGACCAGGAUGCCCACGCCCGACAACAUGCUGUUCCAAGAUAGGGACUCGUAUAUGGCGGGUCUCCUAGACCCCUUUGGCUACGGCAGUUUGGAGUUUGCCGACCUUGGGAUGCCUGAAUUCGGCGUGUAA